AAUAUAUUUUGUACAUCAAAAAACUUAAUAUAAUUUUAGAGAUGAAUGUAAGUUUAUUGCAGCAGAGGCUGAAAUAAACACUAAAUCAAAGACUUCUGCCGGUUCUCCGCACUCAGAAUAAUGUUAGAAAUUAAAUUCUGCUUCUUUUUAAAAACAUUGUCACGGUAUAUUUUGAAUACUUACACAACUGAAUGGUUAGGACAUCUUUUUAUUAGUAUUUUUUUAUAUUACAGGUAAUUUGUUAAAGGCUGCACAUUUAGACAUAUCAGUAUUAUGCUCAUGCCUUUUUGAUCACAUUUAUUCAUUUGUUGUUUCAUUACUUUGUAUUGGCUUCCAUUCAUUUGUAUUCCUGAAACUCUGACCUUUACCCUGAGCCUUAUGUGGUUCUGGGGAUCAAAGUAAACUGACCUCAACCCUUUGAAAAAGUUUUGGAAAGCACUUAAAAGUCUGGUUUAUGCCAAUAAACUAUUGGAAUAAUUAUUUUUCCCACUUGCAAAAGAAUCAAAAUCUGAUAAAAGUAAAAAAAAAUUAUUGGAAAAACGGGCAAAAACAAUCAAUUUGCUGAUAUACUUGGCAAUAAUUGAUCCAACUCCCCUAAGUUUGUUUAUUCCUGGUUAAAAGCGGACACGGUCUGCUUUACUUUUACGUUGAUAUCCAUCGGCGUUCGGCCAUUUUGAAUGUUGCCAUGUCUGUCAUGGCUGCAUCAGUUUUUGUCUGAGCCUGUCAGGUGACACUAUUCACUUUCAGGAGGACUUUUCUUAGUCACACCUCUCACCUGUCUGACUUUUAUCGCUUCAGUCUGCCCCUGAACGAUCAUUCAACAGUUUGAUGAGCUGCAGAUUUAAUCAUCCUCACCUGUUUCUGCCUCAUGGCGGCUUCCUCCAGCGUCAUCCAUCAUCGUCCUCUAACCUCAGCUGACUGACGGCUGCUACGCCCUCUGAGUGGGGAAGUCUCCGCUGCGCGACCGUAUAUGGAGUGAGAAGAGACACACACACACACAGUUUGGGAUGUGAGUAAGAGGAGCUGAGGUCGUAACUCUGUUAGAUCCACAAUGAUUCACUCUCAUUUUAAUGUUUUCAAACUCAGUUUCAAGCUUUCAGGCUUUAACAGAACAACAGCUGAUGAUGUCGUCAUCCCUUCAUGCUUCAGCAUGCAUGUCUGAGAAGCAAGCACUGAGUUCACACACAGCAAAUCAACUCCCUACGACAGCAUAACAGGACCUUUAGAAAGGGUUGAAGAUGUGAAACAAGAUGGCUGACAAUGAAACGAACCGUCCGAAACAAAUAUUUGCCAGCCUGGAUGGACUGAAGCAAAGUCAUAAAGAAGAAAUUUACUCUACAACAAUAUGAAGCUAAUUAAGUCAUAAAGAGCUCCAGUCCAGAGUGACAUCAGCACACCCAAGGCCGCCAUCUUGUUUUUACAGCUUUUAUCCAUUUGGACUUUGGAUUCAACUCUACAAAAAUAUUUGGGGUAAGUUAAGAUUUUUUUGUUUUGUUUUGUUUUAAACGACACUUGUACGACAAUAGUCAAAAUAAUACAAGAAGAAAGUGAUAAUGUUAUGAGAACUCACGUUAAGUUUUACUUUGGAAAUAUUUAAUCCUUUAAUGUAUAUGCAUCAAAUUAUUAUCAGUAUCAGGGCUUUGAAACGAUCUACUCAACUAAUUGGUCACAUCAGAUUGUGAUUUUUCUUUCUCAAUAAAAAUUUAUUUUCUCGUAAUUUUAAGAUGUUUUUUCUGGUAAAGUUGUGUUUUUAUUCUGCUGAUAUACUGCAUAUUCUCGUAAUUAAACACAAAGUUCAAGUUCCCGAAUACUCCGACGUACACUUCACAUAUUUUUUUAUAUAUGUAUAUUUUUUUCUUAGAAAAGCAAGAGAUUAAAACCAGAAAUCAUAUACGAAGCAAUCAGAUAUUUUAUGUUUAAGCCAGAUUCCCCAGCCUGUAGUUUGAUGUAAUGUGGGUUAAAGGUAACUGGUUGAUCAACCUUUGAGACUUUUAAUUUAUCGCUGACAGCUGUUCAGGUUCAACAUUAUCAUUGCUAUUCACUGAUAAGAAGCCUGCAAAAGGUUCAGAGAUAAAUCUCUGCAUAUUUUAGAUCUUGAAGAGUUUGAACGUAAAACUUAAUUCAGACAUGCUUAGUUUAUGUUUUAGUUUUCAGUGCAGAACUUUAGUUUUUAUCUCUAAGAGCGUAAAGAGGAUGUGUGUCUGCAUGGUAUGAACACGGGAGUCCCUGACAGGAACAUUUUUUUCUUUUUUUUCUGCUGCUGGUUCAGCUCACCUCAUUAAUGACGUCACAUUGGGGUGGAGCUUCUGGUGCGUUUAAGGGAGUCGUCCUUAGUCAUUCACACACAGCAGGAAAAGGACUCAGGACAACAACAAGAUAAACAAAGAAGUGUUUAAGAAGAAAGCAAAGACAAGAUGACGAUCGGCAGAAACUCAAGGAAAACCUCAACCCGAAACUCCGUCCGGGCCCCCAAAUUCCUUGACAAAUCCAGCGGCUUCUACGGCCGCCUUGAUGAAUCCGAGCCCGCCACAGACGACGGGUGUGAAAUAAGCGGUGGUAACGUUGAGGCUGAGGUCAAAGACAGCAGUUCCUCCCCAACAAUGGUACCCAACACGUUGGCAGAUGAAGACGUGGAGGCGUUUGGGGUGAUUGAGGACGACGGAGAGACUCUCCUACAAAGAAAGCCAAGCCGCCUCAGCAGCAAGUGGAGAAGAAGCACCAGGAGGAAGCAGAAGGACGAGAAGGCUGAAGAUUACGCAAUCCAAAACGAGAAGUCCAGCCCGGAAGUUCAGGAAGACAUGAAGGUAAAGACGGAGGAAGAAACGGUGAAGGAGUCUGGCCUUGUUCACUUUCAAGUCCGGGAGUUUGCGGAUGACCGGGUCCUGAUCCGAGACAACAAGAGAGGGAGAGAAGAAGAGGAGGAAGAGUCAGAGGAAGAGAGGAAGAUGAAGAAGGAGCAAGAGGAAGGGAUGAAAAUGGUGAAGAGGAAGAAUUAUCGCAAGGCGUUUGACCGGGCGCUUCGUCGCGGCUGGGAGGCCUUCAUCACCAACCUCUACAGCGUCACGCUCACUCCUGUGACGGUCUCCUCGCCAACAUCAACCUCGCCUUCGCUGAAGAAGAAGAGCCUGCACUCCUCUGUGCUGGCUGAGUUUCAGUAGAGCUGCAGCAGAAAAACUUGGACUUUCUAAAAUUCAACAUGAUGAAAUCAGGGCUGCAGCUCAAAUCCUGACAUUUACAGGACCUUAGAUUAGGUUACAUAAGCAAUAAUUAUUGAUGUUUGUUACUGAGUCUUAAUUGCUCAGGGCAGCCUUAUCGCUUUGUUUCAGUUUGCAGACUGCAGGUAUGUAUUUUACCACCUGGAGGAGCCAAGCUGUGGAUUUUGCAUUGAAGUCUAACAUUUGUGACUGAGCUGCUCCUUUUAUUUUCUACUUUAUUCUGAAGAGUGAAAAAAAUCUUUUUUUGUUAUACAUUUAACUCGCCGUCAGGAGCAUGAAGUGAUGAUAUUUUGCUUCCUUUGGGUUGGCAUGAUGAAACCGCUCACGUGUUGAUGUGUAACUGCUAAAGGAACUGAAGAUUUCAUCAGCAGCGAUGACUGAUCGGUGGAGUUUUUGUUUUGGAAAUAUCAACAUUUUUAUUUAUGACUGAUCAGGGAUCAGCUGAUAUUAAGGAGUUUGGAUACACACCCAAACCCACACAUCCACUUUGCACAUGUUUCUGACUCACAUCCACACGCAACGCAUCUGAUUAACAGUAUUUAUAGAAACACAUUUAAACACCUACGUGCCAGCACAGAAAAACAUAAACUACAACUUUUUAUCCAUAUUUUGUUCUGAUGAAGGUUGUAGAAACCCAAAAGGACAAACUACAUCUUAAUGUAAAAGACAACAAUUUGAGCAACAGUGUAUUUCUUGGUGGGGUUUUUUUUGCACAGGAAAACGGCAAUGUUUAUUUUAUGUAUUUAUUUCCAUAUGAAAUUAAUUAAAACAUUUUUACACAACACAUUUAUAUCUACUGCAGUUGUGUGUAAAUUAUACAAAAUGCUUUGUAAAUAAUUAUUUUAAAUAUGUUUUAAUAUUUAAGAUUUCUUCUGUUUUGGGGACUAACACAACCCUGGUGUUCUCCAGUGUGUGUUAAAGAGCUGUUGACGAUUGAUUUUUGUAUAAAUAAACUAUU